AUGGAGAAAACGUUAAAGCAACGCUAUGCGAUACAGUUUUGUGUGAAGCUUAAGAAGACGCCGCUAGAAACAUUUGAAAUGCUUCAGGAAGCCUUCGGAGAUGAUUGCCUUUCCAGAUCGCAGUCGAACAGAUGGCACAAGAUGUUUCAAGAUGGUCGGGAGGAGGUCGCAGACGAGGCCCGCGCAGGACGCCCGUCAACAUCGCGAACGGACGACAAUGUGACUCGUGUGGGCCAACUACUGUUUUCAGACCGUCGAAUGAGUGUUCGCUUAAUGUCUGAAUUACUGAACUUGCCAAAAACGGUUGUGCACGAGAUUGUAUCGGAAGACUUGGUCAUGCGGAAGAUUUGCGCAAAAUUUGUGCCUAGAGUUUUGACAGAUCUCUAG